GGAUGAUGAUGUCCCGUGUCCGGGCUACUUGUUUGAGGAGAUAGCCAGUAUCCUUCUUCGUCAGCCACAUGCAGGGCCCUGGAGCAGCUUCUCCUGUCCGGAGGAGGUCCACAGCUCCUUUACUGUAGAGACCAAGCACGGCCAGGCCCUAGUGUGACUUGGGGUCAGCUCGCUCGUUCCCUAACCCAAGCACCUACCAGAAAUCUCCCACGAGUCCCUGGGCAGCAGUCAGUGCCUCCUGGAGUACCUUCUGAACCGUCUGCACAGUGGCUCUGGCCGAGUGAAGCUCAAGGUGCUGAAGAUCCUGUUCCACCUGUGUGGUCACGGCUCCCCGUCUUCCCUGCUCAUCCUCAAACGCAACCCCGCCUUCAUCCAGGAAGCUGCAGGUACCGGGCACGGGGGAGAGGGCAGCCAGGGUCCCUCGGCCGACCACCAGAGGCGCCCCCCCACAGCUCCGGUCUUCUCCCCAGCACCCCAUACUCCAGCCACCACCUUCUCUGACCUGCGCCUUCCUCUUCUGGCCCUCGCUGCACCUGCCGCAUGGGGCAGGGGGGCUUGUUUCUGCCUGUGUGUCCUGCCGGGCCUGGGCGGCCGAGACCUGUCCUGCCUGUUCUAGCACCUGGCAUACCAGAGGCUCUCUGCAGGCCUCUGUGCCGUCUCCCAUGUCACAGGCUCUGUCUCCUUCCCAGGCUGCUCCUCGGCCCCGAGACAGGGGGCACUAUGAGCUCCUGCUCCAGAAGGUCUAUGGGAGGCCAUCAGGAGGGUGGGGCUCUGGCCUGUCGUGGUCUAACUCCAUGUUUCACCCCCACCUGCACUCAGGCCGGGGGCUGUCAUACAUCUUUCUCCCUGACUAGGACUUGGGGGGACGUGGCCUGAGACCUUCUUCUCAGGUAAAGCAGGAGUUCUGGCCGCAGGUGGUCUCGGGGGCACAGCACCCACGGACCCCACCACACGCCCUGAAUGAAUCUUUGGAAGGGCUUGGCCUUCAGGCAAGAACUGUGCCCACUGAGCUGUCCCUGAGAAGGGAGCACCGGGGGGGGACCGAGUGGCUCUUGGCCACUUGGUGCUCACCGGGGACCCUCCACAGUUACGCAGCACAUCCCACCCGCCAGGUGCUGGGAUACCCCCCACACCCCGAGACCACUGUUGGCCCUUCACGGAGGGCAGGGCUGAGUGAGGGUAGGCGCUCAGGGCCCGGGAGAGCAUCACCGCACAAAACCCAGACGCUACCCCAGGUGUCUGCCGGGGCUUGUGUUUGCCUCAGUGGGCUCCCCAAAACUUGUGCACGGAAACAGCAUGCUCGUUGAUCUUCGCCGGCCAGCGGGUCUCGGCGGGGCCAGCUGCAGCCCGUGCGAGUCAUCGCGUCUGUCCCCGCUCCUGGAGCGUGGGUGGAGCGGCACAGGACGCGGCAGACAGCGGUUCUUUGUCGGCACCAAAGCCUCUCUCACCAUAGGGCGACUACCAUGUUCUCAGGGCCCCCGGAUCCUCUCCACGGAAACAGCUUGUACCAGAAGGUGCGGGCGGCCGCCCAGCACUUGGGGAGCGCCCUGUUCUCUGACAGCUUGUCGCCUCCACCUCCCUCCCAGCCGCCCAGGGCCUUGCCUCCCGCAGGCAUGGGCUCGCGUUCCAGACCCCAGAGUGCUCUCCAGGGCUUCGGCUACAGCAAGGAACGGGGCCACGCGGGCUCUGCGGGCGAAGCCUUCCUCUCCACCAUCCAGAAGGCUGCAGAGGUGGUGGCCAACGCUGUGCGCCCCGGACCCGAGAGCCCUGGCACCCAGAGGUCUCUCCCACGGGGCGAUGCCUACCAGCCUGCCAUGACGCCUUCAACCAGCCGUGGUGGCCUGGUUGUUGGGAAGCCACUGUCUGGAGCCCUCCCGGGUGCCCGAGGAAGUGUCCUGAGACCCCAGCCUGGGCAGGCUGGAGGGGGCUGGGACGAGACAGACAGCAGCUCCAGCUCCCAGACUUCCUCCCAGGAGAAUGGUGACCCGAGCAAGGCCUCGGACUCGGGCAGUCGGUCGGGCAGUGACAGCCCCUCAGCAGCCAGCCAGGCACCCAGUGACCUGGCGGAGCGCAGGGUUGAGGCCAUGACCCUGAGUGACUGCCAGCAGGAGCAGAGCCUGGUCCAGACCGUGACACGUGGGCCACGUGCCUUUCUGAGCCGAGAGGAGGCACAGCGCUUCAUCAAAGAGUGUGGAUUGCUCAACUGCGAGGCUGUGCUGGAGCUGCUGACCCGUCACCUGGACGGGCCCAGCGAGUGCACGCAGAUGAGAGCCCUGGGCGCCAUUGCAUCCCUGGGGUGCACCGACCUGCUCUCCCAGGAGCACAUCCUGCUUCUCACCCGGCCACGGCUACAGCAGCUCAGUGCAGGCAGUCCUGGACCUGUGACCAACAAGGCCACCAAGAUCCUGAGGCACUUUGAAGCCUCCUGCCGACAGCGGACCCCUGCCCGGAGGCCCCCGGCUGAGCCGGGCCCGGCUGCUCUCCACAUGGGCCCCUCAGACCUGCUGACCGACACCAUGCCUUUCGCCGGGGGCCAAGCCUUUCUGCAGCCUAUGAAUCCCACUCUCUUCUCGCUCCAGGGCUCUGCACUCCCCCCUCCCCUGGAUGGCUCUUCCCUCUCAGUCUCCGGGGAUGCUGGGGAGGUGGAGACCAGACUGGUGGGUUCCAGAGAGCAUGGGGCCCCAACUGAGUGGAGCCCGUUGGGCACAGGCUCCCCAAAAGGAGAACCAGAACGUAGCCCAGGGCCCAGCAGCUGCCUGCAGAGCCUGGCAGCCAGUAGCAGCCACAGCUCUUUGUUCGCUGGAAUGGAGCUGGUGGCUUGUCCUCGCCUGGUGGGGGCCGGGACUGCCACAGAAGAGGCCCCCCAACCCCCCUGGACGUUGUCACGGAAGGUGGCAGCCAGAGAGCCUCCUGGCCCAGAGCCGUCAGCUUUCCCAUUUCUUAACUCAUGACCUGGCCAGCCUGAGCUACGCGUGGAGUCCUCGGGGCCUCCGGCCUGUAACUCCCAGGACCCCAUGAUUUUGUGCUGUUCCGUUUGCCCACAGCCCCCAUGUCCCACCAAGGAGUGGUUCCCCUUGGGCGUCUGUGGCCGGCCCUGCUCUCCCUCCAGCUGCUACCCUUCGCUCACAGAGGACGAGGUGCAGGCCACUCACCGAGCCGAUGGAACAGCCACUCGUCAAGCCUGGGUGAUAGGCUGGAGUCUGCGAGGUAGACGGAGCCAGGUGGCACUGCGCAGAGGAGUCUGCGGGGGCCAGCUCCCAACCCAAAGACAGGCUCCCCGUUUUCCUGCAGGAGAAGACGGACCCCCUCACACUGGGCCCUUCUUGUGGGUGUGGUGGCUGCGCAGGGAGAGCCGUGCUGGUUUCUAGGCAGAAUUAGGAGCUGGGUGGCUUGUUCAGAUAGGCAGCUGGGGGCCCGGACUGUUGGGUCUUCUGCUAUGCAGCCAUAUGUGUGGCCCCAUCUGCAAACAGGCCCCUCUCCCCAUGGCCAGGGGGAUGGGCAGGGGGAGCCAUGGGGCAGAAGGCACAGCACGUCCUGCCUAGAGGGGACAGGAGGGGAGGCCUGGCUCCUCAGAGCACACUCACAGGUACCAGGGAGAGGGGCGUCCAGCUCCUCUGUGGGGGACGGGUUAGGAGGAGACUGAGCCCAGGCCAUGGCCCUUGCCAAGCUGCUCCCGUUUCCAGGUGACCACCGAGAGGAGGCUGUGGGACUGCCUCAGUGUCCGCCCCCCCAUGUCUCCCUUACCAGAGGCUAGCCGUUUGGACUUGAAUCCCCGUAGAGCAGGCAGGCUGACAGCAGGGCCUUGGCAGUGUGGACCUCAGGGUCCCCUGGAGACCCACUCCUGCCUCGCAGAAACAAGGCUUUGUGUGGAUUUGGAACUGUUGCCUGGGUCUUUGUUUUUGAGCUCAGAUCGCUGCUCCCGUGGGGGUAUAAGCAGCCGAGCCUCUGUCCGCAGUGCAGAUGACUGAACGCGCCACGUGUGGCCCCCGGAGUUAUGGCUGCUUCCUGCAGACUGCCCGGGGCUCUCACACCACCUGAACGUCCUAAGUAAACGCAAGUGUUUGCACAGA